AUGAACGAGAAAGAGAGGUGGAGAAGGAGAAGGAGAAGAAGAAGAGAAGAGAGGCGGUGAGAGAUGGAAAGGGGCGUGCCGGUGGAGGAGCUGACUUCCGGCGCGAGCGGCCGCAUCAUCCCGGUCUUCAGGAACAUACGGAGGUUCGUGCCGUCGCCGGCGUCGCUCCUGCGCGUUCUCCUCUUCCUGCACUCCCUCGCCUUGUGGUUCUUCCGUUUCGUCCGCCGCCGGAGCCCAAGCGCCUCCAGGACGGCGGCGACUGCAGCAUCCCCGCGGCGGAGGUCGAGCAGAGGAAGUUGGUCAGUGGCCGCGGAGGAGGAGGACGUGCUGCGCCGGAGGGCGAUCGCAGGAGGGGUCGAGAUGGUGACCACGUCGGAGGAAGGCGGAGCGGAUGUGGCGUGCCGCUGCCGGACAUUUGUGUUCGUGGGGCCUCGGAGGAGCGCGCUGUUCUGCCGGUCGUGGGUGCCGGCAUCGGGAGAUUUGAGGGGUAUCAUAUUGAUAAUACAUGGACUCAAUGAACACAGUGGAAGAUACUCACAUUUUGCAAAGCAGCUAAUGGCAUGCAAUUUUGGAGUGUAUGCGAUGGACUGGAUAGGCCAUGGUGGUAGUGAUGGAUUGCAUGGGUAUGUCCCUUCACUAGACUAUGUUGUGGAGGACACUAUAAAAUUUCUGGAGAAAAUAAAAUCUGAAAAUCCCAAAAUACCUUGUUUUCUUUUUGGUCACUCAACUGGUGGAGCUGUGGUUUUAAAGGCAGCUUCAUAUCCUUAUGUUGAGGCCAUGGUAGAAGGGAUCAUACUAACAUCUCCGGCACUGCGUGUAAAGCCAGCUCAUGCAAUACUUGGGGCUGUGGCUCCAAUUUUUUCACUUGUACUGCCAAAGUUCCAAUUCAAGGGAGCUAACAAGAGGGGCAUUCCUGUGUCGAGAGACCCAGCUGCUAUGUUGGCCAAGUACUCGGACCCACUAGUUUACACUGGGCCUAUAAGAGUUCGAACAGGCCAUGAGAUCCUCCGCUUGUCUUCUUACCUGCAGCAGAGUAUGAAGUCUGUGACUGUACCUUUCUUGGUCCUGCAUGGGACUGCUGAUAGGGUCACUGAUCCACUGGCAUCACAAGAUCUGCACAAUGUUGCUGCCUCGAGGCACAAGGAUAUAAAGCUCUAUGAGGGCUUUUUACAUGACCUUCUAUUCGAGCCUGAGCGAGAUGAAGUUGGCACAGACAUAAUCAAUUGGAUGCUGAGGAUGCUGCAGCCUCAAAGCUUAUGAAUAUACACAAUUCUUCGAUAACUGGCCAAAAGAAUGCAGGGCUGACUUCGUAUUAAAUUACUUGUGUAUAUUUGAUUUCCUUAUUAAUGAAGAUGAGGAACCGAGGUUUGUCGUAGCCAAUUCUACUCGAGAUAAAUCUCAAGUUGUAACAGUUGAUCAGCAUUUUGUAGCUGGAUUGGUUUGUGUAUAAACUAUGUUGCUCGCUUGCUCAUGAUAUGUUCGAGUCCACCGAUGAAGUUCCGGUUUA